CCGCCCCCUCCCAUUGGCUGAGCCCGGACGCCCCGCCCACCGGAGGCCCCCCAUUGGCUGGCUGCCGCUCCUCCUCCUUUGAUGGACGGGCGGCAGGGCGGGGCUCCUGAGCAGAGUUGCCCAACGUCACACUUCAAGUCCUGACGGAGUUUCUGGGGGUGAACCGGGCAUGUUGGGAGUUGUAGUUAAUAAUACUUUUCAAUAGCCAAUAGGGGCCCGCUCGUGGGCGGGGCGUCACGGACUCGGCCAAUGGGAGGGCGAGGGGCGGAGGAGGGGCGGGGCUUCUUCCUGGCUGGGCCUGCGCAGAGCCUCUCUCGCCGCCAUUGUUUUCUGAGGCGUUUCCUCUGGAGCCGCGAAGGAGGAGAGAGAGAGCGAGAGAGAGAGAGAGAGAGAGAGAGAGAGAGAGAGAGGACGUGAGAGUUCUCUGGAGCCACCCCUGCCGUGAUGGGAAACGAACCAGCUUCUAGUAGAUAUUAAGGCAUUUGGAAACCAAAGUGCAGUAAGGAAACCAGUCCUCUAGGAAAAAGGAUUCCUCUCAAGUGGCUGAUCUUGCUGAAUCCCUACAUUCACUUUGGAUUAUAGAGUAGAACCAUAGAGUUGGAAGAGACUGCAUGAGGCACCCAGUCCAGGCCUCUGCCGUGCAGGAAAAGCGCAAAGUACCCCUGACAGAUGAGCAUCUGGCCUCUGGUUAAAGGAUUCCAAAGGAGCCUCCACUACAUUUUGAGGCAGAGAGUUCUACUGCUGAACAGCUCUUACAGUCAGGAAGUUCUUCUUAAUGUUCAGAUGGAAUCUACUUUCCUGCAAUUUGAACCCAGUGCUGUGAGUAAUCAGAAAGGGAAGAACAAGAUUCAUGUAUCCAUAUUGGAAUUAAAUGUACAUAGCACUGUUGACAUGGAGGAGAAAGCAUAUAAAUGUAUCGAAUGUGGAAAGAGCUUUAGUAAGCAUGGAAAGCUGAAGAGACAUCAAAGGACUCACACUGGGGAGAAACCCUAUAAAUGCCUGGAGUGUGGACAGAGCUUCACUCAGAAGGGACACUUACAAACACAUCAAAGGACUCACACUGGGGAGAAACCCUAUAACUGCCUGGCGUGUGGACAGAGCUUCGCUCAUAGUUCAGCUCUACGUAGACAUCAAAGGACUCACACUGGGGAGAAACCCUAUAACUGCCUGGAGUGUGGACAGAGCUUCACUCAGAAGGGGAACUUAUAUACACAUCAAAGGACUCACACCUGGGAGAAACCUUAUAAAUGCCUGGAGUGUGGACAGAGCUUUGCUCAGAGUUCAGGACUACGUUCACAUGAAAGGAUUCACACUGGGGAGAAACCCUAUACAUGCCUUGAGUGUGGACAGAGCUUUGCUCGUAGUUCAGGAUUACGUUCACAUCAAAGGAGUCACACUGGGAAGAAACCCUAUACAUGCCUUGAGUGUGGACAGAGCUUUGCUCGUAGUUCAGGACUACGUACACAUCAAAGGACCCACACUGGGGAGAAACCCUAUAAAUGCCUGGAAUGUGGACAGAUAGAAUGAGGCUUUUAGUCACGUAUCCAUGUCUGUUGGUUCAGUUGUGUGUCUAUGUAGGUAACUCUGUUUCUUAUUUCGUUUUGUAGAUCACGAUUGCCCUUCAGACCUCUCGCAGGUAGGACCACGUGUGCUAUAAACAUGGAAGAUGGUACAUGUAGGUUAACAACAUGGGUAAUGUAAUACAUUCACACAAGAGACAGGAAUGGGGUGUCUGUUUGUUACUACUGUUCAGCUAAUGAUAUGGUCUGAUGGAAAUAUAAUAGAACCUGAUAAACAACAGUAGGUUGAAAUGUAAAUGUAACGUAAGCUUUGUUCAAGAUGAUGAAACUGGGAAUUUGGUGUACGUGAUGGAAAAUAGAGACAAACUCCAUCACUGGUUAAAGUGUGUCAUACUGGGCAAAUGUGCUCUCUAGGCGCAUCAUCGUAGUAGUAGUAGUUCACUAGCUGCCGGGUGAACUACAGCUCCCACCAUGGUGGUCAGUUCCCCCCAAACCCCUCCAGUAUAUUAAGUUAGUCUUGGUGGUUCUGUGUGCCACGUUUGGUCCCGGUCUAUUGUCGGUGGUGGUCCCAGUGUCUCUGGAUGCAGGUGAACUAUAAAUCCCAGUGUCUACAACUCCCAAAGGCCCGCCCAAAGCCUACCAGUCUUCCAAAUUGGCCAUAUCGGGUACGCUUGCCAGGGAUAUCCGCACCAGGCUUAUCUUACCUUUGAUACACAAGCACCCAGGCCGUUCAGGAGACUUUUAUCCCUCCCUGCUACUUGUGGAUACUCAUUCAGCUACAACUGACAAUGUUGCAAAGUUUUGUGCCUACAAAGUCCGCCAGGGGAUGAUGGGUCCCAAAAGUGACCCAUGUCUCCAGUGAUCAUCUCUCUUGGUUCUAUAACUGGCUGAUGGACCUCUGCAUUGUAUGUUUUGCCGUUUCCCCUUCCGCUCCCCCCCCCCCCCCCCGAUUAUUGUGCUUUAGUAUCUUUAUAUUUUAAAUGUACUAAACGUACCAAGUUUGUAUGUAACUGUGACCUUUAUGUCCUGUGCUGGUCUAUGACCGAAAUAAAUGAUGUGAUUUGAAA